AUGAAGCUCACUCUUGUCGCUCUCCUUCCCUUCCUCGCCGGCGCCCUCGCUGCCCCCAUGAACGAUGGCAAGAAGCACGAGGAGUCCAAGCCCACCCCCGGCAAGGGCAAGUUCGUCCACUCCUUCCCCUUCGACUUCACCUCGAUGGCUAUGGGCUGGGCCGGACCCGACCAGGUGAUCAACAACUCCCAGGUCGCCGUUCCCGGUCUUCCCGCCGGCUACGGAGAGUUCCAGUUCGGUCUCAACUCUGAGCAGAACGUCCUCUGCUACAACAUCUCGGUCUACGUCAAGGGCAACUACUCCUCCCCCGCCGUCACUGCCACCCACAUCCACGAGGCUGUCCGCGGCCGCGCUGGUCCUCCCCGUAUCGCGUUCCCCAACCCCGUCUCCACCACCGGUGCUCCCCUCAGCGAGUUCUCGUGGCGCCGAUCGGUCGGCUGCUUGACCGGCCCCUUCACCACCGGUGUUCUUGCCAACGGCUCCGACACUGGAACCAACUUCACCGUCGCCAAGCUCGAGUCCAACAUCGAGGGCUUCUUUGCCGACACCCACACCGUCGAGUUCCCAGCGGGUGCCAUCCGUGGUCAGCUCUACGCCAAGAAGUAG